AUGUCUUUCACUAGUAUGUAUAGAAAUUUCCAGUUCAGGGGACAAGCAGGAGAAACUGAGGGUCCGGAAGAUGAUGAUUAUGAGAACAUGGCACCAUCUGAAAGAGAGCUUCCUCCCAAGCCAGGGACCAGGAAGUUUCCAGGCCCAGGUGGAAGAUUGGGAUGGCUGAGGGCUUCAAUAGCUCCCCCAAGACCUCCCCGAACAGGGAAGAAAACAGUGAAACCAGCACUUCCCAGCAAGUCCCCACGAGCAGCAGGCUUGGGCCCUGCUGUUGUGCCCUGUUCCACACUUCCCCAGAUGGCUGCUCCCAAUUUCCAGUCCAUUCAGGGCUUCCAGCCCAGCCAGGUACCCCAGUUCAGCCAAUUGCCCCAGCCCAACCAAGUGUUCCAGCCCAGUCAAGGGUUCCAGUUCACCCAGGUACCUCAGCCCAGCCAAGGGUCCCAGCUCACCCAGGUGCCUGAGUCUAGCCGGAAGAGAAAGAUCCCCCAGUUUACUCGGAAAGAGAAAAUGGGAGUGUGCCUUUGUAUGCUGGUGGGGAUAGCAUUGCUCCUGGGGGUUACAAGUCUUGCUGUGACCUUGAUGAAGUCGACUGGGCCCAUGGAUCUGGCUGGACUAAGGAAGGACGUUGAUCAAAUCCGAGAUGACACCAACCGAACCAUAACUGAGCUUCGAGAUUUAAUUGGCUGCACCAGAAAGUCUUGCCCGAAGAACUGGCUUCCUUUUAGGGGAAGCUGCUACUUUUUUUCUACAAUGACCAAGAGUUGGGAUGCUGCCAAUAUAUUUUGCAUAGAGAAUUACUCUCAUCUGGUCAUCAUCAGCAGCACUGAGGAACAGAACUUUUUGAUCAAGGCCCGUAACUCAAUCCGGACCUACUGGCUGGGGCUGACUGAUAGAGAAGUGGAAGGGGUGUGGCAGUGGCUGGAUGGGUCCUCGAUUACAUUAAGCUUCUGGAAACUAGGGGAGCCCAAUAACAUGCGCAAUGAGGAUUGUGUCAUCAUGCUCUUAGAUGGCCAAUGGAAUGAUGCAUAUUGUGACUUGAACACGUAUUGGAUCUGUGAGGGGAAACCUACUUGUUGACUUUCUCAAGACUGGACCUAGGACUCUUCUUCUAAGAUGUGUUCACAUUUUAGGUAGAAACUUGUUCUUUCAGAAAAUGGUCCUGUCCUAAGUCUUUGCUUAUGCAGGGCCUCAGACUGCUGUGACAAAGCUGUGGAACACUGAUUUCCUCCCCACAACAUCUGACUUAGCACUAUCCAGCAAGGUGUAUAUCAGUUUAAUUUCAAGGACUAGGAGU